UGUCUGGCAGCUCUGAUCUCACCACCCACACAGACACUGCAUCUCCAGUCCCACCAAUUCCCCAGGCUAUUUCUCUGGGAGAAGCAUUCACACCCUCAGGCAGUUUCCACUCAACAUCUGGCAGUUACAAUCCACUCCCCUAUGUCCCAAUGAAGACUGACUUGGUGGGCAUUUCAGGCCUGAAAGAAGAGGCCAUCAAGGAGAAGGAGAUGUGUGGCAUAGAGUCAUUGAACAGCCAAGGCAGCCUGGGCUCCAACAGGGAGGAUGACAGAGCUACUCUCAUCCUGACCCUCACUCUCUGCAAUGUGAGGAAGAUUGAGCUCUCUAAGGCAGCCAAAGUCUUUGAGAUGUUUGAAACUCAGAUCUAUCAUUUUGAAACCCGACGAGUGAAAAAGCCCAAGAAGUCUGCUGAUGAUCUUGACAUUUUCAUUGAAUGUGAAGUUCACAGUGCCAAUGUUAGUAUCCUUAUCACCUCCUUAAAGAGAGUAGCAGAGGAUGUGAAAACUAGCAGAGAAGACAAAGUACCCUGGUUCCCUAGAAAAAUCCAAGAUCUGGACAAGUGUCACCAUCUGAUCACUCAGUAUGAUCCCUGUUUGGACCAUGGUCACCCUGGAUAUGCUGACCUGGAAUAUAAGAAACGGAGGGCAUUCUUUGUCGAUCUUGCCUUAAACUACAGACUGGGAGACCCUUUGCCUCUCAUCGAGUACACAGCGCAGGAGACUGCAACUUGGAGACAAGUCUACAGGAAGCUGAGAAGCCUUUACCCUACUCACGCCUGUACACAGUACCUGGAUGCUUUCCAGCUGCUGGAGAGGUACUGUGGCUACCAAGAAGAUAACAUACCUCAACUUCAGGAUGUCUCCAGAUUUUUAAAAGAGAGAACAGGUUUCCAGCUGAGACCAGCUGCAGGACUGCUGUCUGCUCGUGACUUCCUUGCCAGCCUGGCAUUUCGUGUCUUCCCGUGCACACGAAGGCAUUUCUCUUCUCCUAUGCAUUCCCCGGAACCAGACUGUUGCCAUGAGUUGCUGGGUCAUGUUCCCAUGCUAGCUGACAAGGAGUUUGCCCAGUUCUCACAGGAUAUUGGACUGGCUUCUCUUGGAUCAUCUGAAGUGGAGAUUGAGAAACUGGCCACACUCUAUUGGUUCACUGUGGAGUUUGGUCUCUGCAAGCAAAAUGGAUUGAUCAAAGCUUACGGGGCAGGACUGCUUUCGUCUUAUGGGGAGCUUAUGUAUGCUUUGUCAAACAAGCCAGAGUACAAGCCUUUUGAUCCAGAAGUGACUGCAGUUCACCCCUAUCAGGAUCAAGCUUUCCAGCCUGUCUAUUUCAUAGCAGAAAAUUUUGAAGAUGCCAAGGUCAAGCUUCAAAACUACACAAUGAAGAUUAAGAAGCCUUUUGCUCUGUUCUAUGACCCCUUCACCAACAGCAUUGAGAUUAUGAACACACCACAGAAAGUCAAGAAGACACUCUGUCAGAUGAAAGAGGAGCUAAAAAACCUCUGCUUGGCUCUUGAAAACAUCUCUUAAAACUACAGCAGUUCAUCUCACCUGUCACUGAGAUACUUGAAGGUGGUUUCAGCACUUGAAGAGUCAGUGAUGAAGCUGUAGUUGGAUGCAAAAAUCUUUAAUGUGCAAACCAGCUCAGUUUAUCUAAUCUUUUCACCAUAAUUUAAGCUGCUGACUUAAACACAUUAGUAAAUUCCUAUUUAGUAUGUUUCAAUGGCACAAAAGACCAAAUUACUCCAAUUUUUGGUAGGUGAUAUGAGCUACAUCUGUUUGCAGUGUAUUUAUUUGUUAUUGUACUUUAUUGGAUUUUUAAUUCCCCUGCCACCUUUUCAAGUUAUCUAUCACAAAAUAGCACAGUAACUUUUCAUCCACACAGUCUUUUAUUUUCUGCCUUCAUGACAUGAUCACAACCUCUUAGGCUGGCUAGCUGCCUACAGUUAGCAGUCCUUGCAGCUAGCUCAUUGCUGCUAGCAAUUAUUAUCAACUAUUGUGCCCACAAACUAUGAAUGGUUCCCUUACAAUGUGCAAAUACAAGACUUUGUAAGAGGAACACUUUACUCCUGCUCACUAUUUAUUUUUUAAAAUACUCAUUCAGUAGCCUUCAAAUAUGACAAAAAGAUUUCCUGUUGCAUUACAGAUCACAGAAUAUUUGUACUUUGGCUAAAAGAAAAAGAAGAAAAUAAAAGGCCCAAGAUACUCUGGCUCUGUCACAUACAAGGAUGCUUAAUUUGAAUAAGAAAUUUGAAUUCUGAGGAGAAGAUUUUUGUGUAAGGAAAGAUUUGCAAAGAGGCCUUUAAGAAAUAUGUUUCUGUUGGUUUUUCAUGGGAUUAAGAUUCUCCAGGAUGCCUUUAAAAAUCUUU